AUGGCAUCAGAUAGCAUCACAAGCAAGCCAUCAAUAACCGCCGAUCAUCACCACGCAAAAGAUGAUCUCGAAAAGUCUUUAGUUUUUGAUGCACAAGUUCUUAGACGCCAAUCAAACAUACCCCAACAGUUCGUUUGGCCUGACCAUGAAAAGCCUGGUGUUGAUGCACCUGAACUCAAAGUUCCAGUCAUAGACUUGGGUGAUUUCCUCUCCGGUAACCCUGCUGCUGCAAUGGAAGCUUCAAGAGUUGUUGGUGAAGCAUGUAAAAAACAUGGUUUCUUUCUUGUUGCUAAUCAUGGAGUCGAUCAAAGACUCAUUGCUCAUGCCCAUAGCUACAUGGACGACUUCUUUCAAUUGCCCCUUCCUGAGAAACAGAAGGCUCAAAGAAAAAUUGGCGAGUCUUGUGGAUAUGCUAGUAGCUUUACUGGCAGGUUUUCCUCUAAACUUCCAUGGAAAGAAACAUUUUCUUUUUCCUAUACGGCUGAGAAGAAUUCAUCAAAAAAUAUAGAGGAAUAUUGUCAUGAAAGAAUGGGGGAAGAUUUUGCCGAAUUUGGGAAAGUGUAUCAGAACUAUUGUGAGGCCAUGAGCAAUUUGGCACUUGGGAUCAUGGAGCUAAUAGGAAUGAGCCUUGGUGUGAGCAGAGCACAUUUCAGGGAGUAUUUUAAAGAUAAUGAUUCAAUAACGAGGCUUAACUACUACCCUCCAUGCCAAAAACCUGAGCUUACUUUAGGAACUGGUCCUCAUAGUGAUCCAACUUCUUUAACCAUCCUUCAUCAAGACCAAGUAGGUGGUCUUCAAGUGUUAGUAGACAAUGAAUGGCGUUCGAUUAGCUCCAAUUUCGACACUUUCGUCAUUAACAUUGGUGACACCUUCAUGGCCCUAUCAAACGGUAUAUUCAAGAGUUGCUUGCACCGAGCAGUGGUGAACAGCCAGACACCUAGAAAAUCUCUUGCUUUCUUUUUGUGUCCAAAGAAUGACAAGAUGGUAACUCCACCAAAUGAAUUAGUGGACACAUGCAAUCCAAGAAAAUAUCCAGAUUUCACAUGGCCUAUGUUGUUUGAAUUCACACAAAAGCAUUACAGAUCUGACAUGAACACACUUGAGAUGUUCUCGAAUUGGCUUCAAGAGAACAUUUCUUGCCAGAGAACUUGUGGAUUGAAUCCAGGAACCAGGGUUGGGCAGGACGAAUGCUAUGGCCGAGCCAAAAUGGUUUAUACAUAG